CAUUCCUCUUGAAAAUUUUUUUUUUUUGUAACAACUUUUAAGCAUUCCCUUUUACGCAAUUGUUGACUGUUUCCAGAACCAGACUUUGAAAGUGCCUUAUUCUUAAACCGAACAUUGUGAUAUUUUAAGCUUGAAUUUGAAAUAUUUUAGUACAAGUUUUACUUGAAAGCGGUAGAGGAAAGAAAUUCAUGAAUGUUGUUUGUUCCACCUGUAUUAUCUAACACCCCUAAUCGCUAUGUCGCACCAUCGGUGAUUGCUGGAGGUUUCAAACACUCCGUAAAAAAUUCUUGACAUAGGACAAACUAUACAUUGAUAUGGACGUUUUUAUUAAAGUGGAAGAAUGUGGGUCUGCGGAAGAUUUCACAUCUUCAGUGACUUCGACUGUGGUCAGCCCCCUGGGCCACCCCCAUGAUGAUCAAAUGGCGGACUUGGGCUUUGACCCAGCCUCUUCAACAGAUUUUGGUAUCGGACUGUUUGACGACAAAAAGACAUUUUUUGAUCCUCUUGCUCCAAUGGCCGAGCCGGUCAGUACCUUCCAUCACAAUAUAAAAAAGGACUAUAACUACGAACCGGUGGUGACUAAUAUUCGGCCUGCAGCAGUUGUUAGUAGUGGGGACGAUAUGAGUUAUAUCACAUCGCCAGUGGUGACCAGUGGAUCACCGGACUUGAUGGGACGUAGUCCCCCACCAUUUUCCCCUAACAGUAGUGGACACUCUUAUCCAGGCAUAACACUUCUCUAUGAACAAAAAGGAGUUGAGAGUUCAACAACCCCUCAACGUAAAUAUGUGGCGCAGAAAGGAUAUUCACCAUCUAAAUCUUCAAGUUCUUCAUCUGAUCAAAGCUUUACGGCAGCUGAUUCAAACAGCAGCUCGACAACAAAGGCUUUUGUACCGUGCAAAGUAUGCGGUGAUAAGGCUUCGGGUUAUCAUUACGGCGUCACUUCUUGCGAGGGUUGUAAAGGCUUCUUCCGUCGAAGUAUACAAAAGAAAAUUGAGUACAGAUGCCUGAGAGACGAGAAAUGCCUUGUUAUACGACUUAACAGAAAUCGGUGUCAAUUCUGCCGAUUCAAGAAAUGUCUAGACGUUGGAAUGUCUAGGGACUCUGUUCGAUAUGGUCGUGUUCCGAAGAGGACGAGAGAACGUAUGGAAGAGAGCAGAGUGACCCAAUCUGAAGCUGACCAGUCUAUUAGGGAUAUCGAAAGCAAGGAACUAGCCAUGUACGAUAUGACACUGACCAUUGCACAAGCUUAUCACUCCAAUUGCGAUUAUUCUGAAUUAAAGACGAGGGGACUCGUGAGGAAACCUGCAAUAUUUAGUCUCGACGAGUUCCACACAGGCAAUGGGAAUGAUGGCCAGACACAAAUAGCCUUGCCAGACAGCCUGGAGCAUCAGAAGAUCAUUAUGUGGCAACAUUUUGCGGCUGCUCUCACACCUUCCAUUCAGAGGCAGGUGGAAUUCGCCAAGAAAGUGCCCAGUUUCCUAAGCCUAACUCAGGACGACCAACUAAGACUUAUCAAGAAGGGAUUCUUCGAGAUCUGGGUGGUGCAUGCAUCUAGGCUAAUCGCAGACAAUACCAUCACUUUCUCGGACGGCACCUACAUCACUCGACAACAAGUUGAACUGAUGUUUGAUUACGAGUUUGCUUUGUCUCUGUUCAACUUCAUGACGUCACUCAAUAGCCUAGAACUAAGUGACUCCGAGAUUGCUCUUUUUUCUGCAAUAGUACUACUUACAUCAGAGCGAUCGAAUGUCGAUAAUUACAAGAUGAUAGACCAGAUGCAAGAGAAAGUCACGGAGGCUCUGAAAAUCCAGGUUGCAAAAAGCCACCCUGGAGAACCGAACACCUUUCCCAUGCUCAUGAUGAAGUUGCCGGAGUUGAGAUCACUUGGCGCAAAGCACGAAGAACACCUCAAUUGGUUCAGGGUGAAUUUAAAUUUUGAACUCGUCAAGAUACCGCCACUCUUUGCUGAGGCGCAUGACAUGAACCAGCCACCACACCAGCAAAUGAGAUACGAACAGCAAUAAUUAUAACAGUAUUUCUUACGUCGAAAGAAGCUGUCUUCAAGAUGUUUUUCUGCAGCACUAUGGAGAAAAGGACUCUAUAAAAGAAAAAAAAUAAUGGAAGAAAUCUGUUGUACUAAAAAUGAAAGAAAAAAACGAUAAAUUCAAUUACAAAAACUAGAGACUGGACUAAAAUUUGUUGACGAUUAAAAGCGUAAUAAGCCCAUGCAUAUUUGUUCUCAAGUAAUUAUUGGCUUUACUUUAUUGAAUUUUGUUAGUCUUCAGGACCAAUAUUUUGUUAGUAUUUAUUUUAUUCAUUGCUAUAUGUUUUACCACCUUUACAAGAUUGUGUUUGGUGAUUGUUCAUUAUAGACAUCAUUUUUUUGUCUGUCCUUAACAAGAAAAGAUUUGCAAAGGACGCUUAGGUAAUAUAAUUUAUGCUCCAUUUGCUUGUGUAAGGCUUUUAUGUCAUCGUUUAAAAUCGUCUGCUUUGUGGUACUAAUCAAUACAUUUAUCAUUUGAUUUUAUAAUAAUUUUAAGAAUUGUUCCUUCACCAAUUUUAAAUGAUUUCAAAUUGUUUUACUAUGAAUAAAUUAAUAUCAUGACAUAAAAUCAGUAUUCAUAUUAUUUUUUGAAAACGAAAGUUUUUUUUUUUUUUACCAAUUAAUGUUGGAAUUAAACUGAUUCAAGUGGAUGAUUAAAGUCUUCUUUUUUUUAAAAUCAGUAAUCGUCUGCUUUUAUUUAAAAGUCGUUUGUUGAUCAAUUAUAGAUUUAACAAUUCUUAUUCACAUGAAUGUUUAAAUUUCGUUUGGAUAUAUUUUAUAAAAUCAUUGCAUCGCUGUGCAUUUAAUGUUUAUUUAUUUACUUGUUAGUUAAUGGGUACCCUACCUCAUUCCUUUGUUUACAAACGUUUCCGUCCUUUAAUGUUCAUUUUAUAAAUGUAAUUUCGUUUACGAUUCGUCCCACAUUUAUGUCUCAUUCAUGCGUCCUUUGUAAUUCUUAGUAAAACUAAAAAAUGGUGUUAAGUUAAUAUUUUUGCUUGCUUUUUUUCAUUUUUGAAUUGUUGAUAAAAUCUCAUUAAUACAAUAGUUUAUUUUAAUAUGCAAAUACUACUAUAUAUAAUCGAUUCAUUUUAUUAUACAGUUAAAAAACUUCUUAUAAAUUCGUUUAUUUUAAAUGAAUUUCAAUCAACAGCAUUCCAAUUGUUUCUGUAAAAAUGGUUUUUAAAAAUGAUACUUAAUUAUAAAACACAUCUUAUAGUUACGAAUUGAAUUUUAAUUUGUUUUUAUAAAUUUUUUCUACUUGUUAAAAUAUUUCUAGUUAUAAAAUUUAUUGAUAUUGGGAAUUAUGCUGUUCUCUGUAACCAAGCAAUAUAUAUUUUCUUAUAAAAAUUACCAUUUUUAACGACAGUUGUAAUUGUCUCAUUUCAACUUGUUAAAAAGCUUAUUGAUGUGAAAUUAAGAUUGAUUUACUUGUUAUAAUCAUCAAUAUUAGUUUUAAAAAAAAAGAAAAACAAAAAAUGUUUAAUUGUGGGCUACAGAACUUUUGCAUUUAUAACUUUGUUCGGAAAAAAAAAGUUUAAAAUUAUGAACUUUUUUGGAGGAAAAAAAAUCUUUUUGCUUGAAAAAAAAUAUUCAAAAUCGUAAAUCAUGAAAAAACAAGAGCUGUUUAUUUUUUUUAAAAGUGUCAGUAAAAAAUAAUUUUUUUAUAAAAAUCCUCUCUUGCUCAAGUUUACUUACUCAUUUAUUAUAUACAAUUGACACAAGUUAAUGUUUUAAUAGAAGAAAAAUAGAUUAUAGUCACAGCUUGCUGAAUUACAAAUUAAAUUAUUACUAGAAGAAAUCAUGAUUAUUUUUUUAUAGAUUUUUAUACUUUCUACUAACUACAGUAAACUCUGUCAAAGACGAGCGCUGUUAUGAAAUAGAAUUUUGCCAACAGCAGAAAAUUUUUAGGAUCUGGCACACUCUAUUAUAAAUAACAUUAAUUUAAUUAAUAUAAUCUAAAAUCUGUUUAAGAGAUACAUAUUUAAUUAUUUCCAUUUUAAAUAACUUUA